CUUAGCAUCUCCGACGUGAGUCUUACUCCAUUUUGCCGAUUGUUCUUAGCGAAACUGUUUGGAGGGUCUCGAUUUCGUUAGUGGAGUAUUUAGAUCCUGAAUGGUGAUGUGUUGAUGGAAGUUUCUUCAGAAUUGAUUUCACAAUCUCGGAGCUGAAGAUUCUUGACUUGGAACAAAGAUGCCUCACAGAACAAGGCCAUUGAAGGGACUCUUGCUUUUUACUGGAAUAAACUUUCUCUUGGUGCAGACCAUUACUCCUGUCUAUGACUUCGUCUGCUUCUUGCCUUACUGGGAGAGAAGGAGAGAGCGAAUCCGGCAGGAGCGUGAAGCGGCGGCUGCAUCUUUACAUAACACAAACUCAACACAGAAAACUACUCAAGCAUCUGUUGGAUGAUGAACUCUCGACAUUCCUCUCAAUCUCUUAAUCAGAAUUCCUUUGUAAGAAACUAUUUACCCUCUGAUUACUGAAUAAAUGAGAAGACGAAGGAGGCAUAUUACAUAUCUUCUCUGAGCUUAGAUCUAUUAGUAGCACAUCUUGAAAGUUUCUGAGCUGUUUCAAAACAUGUGCUUUAAUCGCAGAUACUUUCAAAGAUUCUGAUCAUUGACAUGAUUCAAGAACCCUACAUGUUUGUGAUAAGUGAGAUAGGCUAUUAGAUAAUGGAACAACAUUAUAUGAUAUUCUUGAAAUAUGCUCUUUUUUUGGGUGGACAGCUCAAUUAUACUUAUUUGAGGAGAUUCUCUUUUAUGCUAAA